CGACCAUCGUCAUCUUCUUUGACACUUGCCACGCUUUCAAGAAUGGGAAGUACAGGUAGAACAUCGUAUGGAGAAUACACCUAUGAGAACCUUGAGAGGGAACCCUACUGGCCUGCGGAGAAGCUGAGGAUUUCUAUUACUGGGGCUGGAGGAUUUAUUGCCUCUCACAUUGCCAGGCGAUUGAAGAGCGAGGGACAUUAUAUUAUUGCUUCUGACUGGAAGAAGAAUGAGCAUAUGACAGAAGAUAUGCUCUGUCAUGAGUUCCAUCUCGUUGACCUGAGGGUAAUGGAUAACUGUCUCAAGGUGACAACUGGAGUUGAUCAUGUGUUCAACCUUGCUGCAGAUAUGGGAGGCAUGGGCUUCAUUCAGUCCAAUCACUCCGUCAUUAUGUAUAACAACACCAUGAUCAGUUUCAACAUGCUUGAGGCUGCAAGGAUCAACGGAGUUAAGAGGUUUUUUUAUGCCUCAAGUGCUUGCAUUUACCCUGAAUUUAAACAGCUAGAUACUAAUGUGAGCUUGAGGGAGUCUGAUACUUGGCCUGCAGAGCCGCAAGAUGCUUAUGGCUUGGAAAAGCUAGCAACAGAAGAGUUAUGCAAGCAUUACACCAAGGACUUUGAGAUUGAGUGUAGGAUUGGAAGAUUCCAUAAAAUAUAUGGACCUUUUGGAACAUGGAAAGGUGGGAGGGAGAAGGCUCCUGCUGCUUUUUGUAGGAAGGCCAUAACUUCUACUGAUAAGUUUGAGAUGUGGGGGGAUGAGAAGCAAACUCGUUCUUUCACAUUUAUUGAUGAAUGUGUAGAGGGUGUUCUUAGAUUGACAAAGUCGGACUUCCAUGAGCCAGUGAAUAUUGGAAGUGAUGAGAUGGUUAGCAUGAAUGAGAUGGCUGAGAUUGUCCUCAGCUUUGAGAACAAGAAGCUCCCCAUUCAUCACAUUCCUAGUCCAGAAGGUGUUCGUGGUCGAAACUCAGAUAACACCUUAAUAAAGGAGAAGCUUGGUUGGGCCCCUAGUAUGAAACUGAAGGAUGGGCUGAGGUUCACAUACUUCUGGAUCGAGGAACAGAUUGAAAAAGAGAAAGCUCAAGGCAUUGAUUUGUCAAUUUAUGGGUCAUCAAAAGUUGUGGGAACUCAAGCACCUGUCCAGCUGGGUUCUCUUCGUGCUGCUGAUGGCAAAGAAUGAAGCUCAGAUUUAAUUUAUUACAUUCGGAAGCCAAGUUUAUGAUCAGUGCAUAUUUAUGUAGUGGCAUCUGGAUAUGGUAUCAGAUAAUUCAAUUAUUGCAACUGGUAGAAGAAUUUGUAAAAUUUUCAGUAUAUUUUUUUUUUUUCUAGCUUCUAUAAGAGAGGCCCAAAUUGUGAUGAUAUGUUAUCUCUGUAAAAGGGUAAAACUAUUUGUACAAACUCUCGUAAAAAA